AGACUGUGCGUCAAGAUGUUGGACUGGUUUGACUAUCACGGCCACAUGUGUCUGGCCUUCGAGAUGCUCGGCCUAUCCGUGUUUGACUUCAUGAAAGACAAUAACUACCAGCCCUACACACUGGAACAGGUGCGACACAUGGGCUAUCAAUUGGUGUAUUCCGUUAAAUUCCUUCACGACAACCAAUUGACUCAUACGGACCUAAAGCCGGAGAAUAUAUUGUUUUUUGAUUCCGAUUACGAGGUCUUCUAUAACACCAAAAAAAAAAAGGACAUAAAGCGGGUGAAGAGUACUCACAUAAAGCUCAUAGACUUCGGUUCGGCGACCUUUGAUGACGAACACCACUCGACAAUCGUGUCCACCCGUCACUACAGGGCGCCGGAAGUCAUACUCGAGUUGGGGUGGAGUCAGCCGUGCGACGUCUGGAGCAUUGGCUGCAUAUUAUUUGAAUUGUAUUUAGGAAUAACAUUGUUUCAAACGCAUGACAAUCGCGAGCACCUGGCUAUGAUGGAGAGGAUACUGGGGCCCAUUCCCUAUAGGAUGUGCCGCAAAACUAAAACGAAUUACUUCUAUCACGGAAGGCUCAGUUGGGACGAGAAGUCGUCGAACGGGCGGUACGUACGGGAGAACUGUAAGCCACUGCUCCGGUACAUGACGGCGGACGACGAGGAGCACCGGGCGCUGUUCGACCUGAUCGGCCAUAUGCUGGAGUACGAGCCCAGCCAUCGGCUCACUCUGAAGGACUCGUUGGAGCACCAGUUCUUC